AUGAAGGUCUGUUCCACCCUCUUCGCUGUCGCCGGCCCGCUGACCCAGGCGGCCUGCCAGCGGGACUGCGCUGCCGCCCCCGUCUAUUACUCGGUGUGCCAGGUGGGAUGCGCCCAGCUGUUCAACUCGCCGGAUCCCGAGCUGCCCGUUGCGCAGGUCAAGCAGUCGCUUCGCUGGCUGCAUAGCCUCUACAAACCCGAACCAGAAUGGUCCAACGCUUGA